UCUCUGAGUUCCGAAAUUCACGUGCUUUUUCUUUUCCUUGAGGGCGGUGUCGAUUUGUUAGCCACCCAAGUACCGAAGAGGGCUGUUGAUCUUCUCAGAAAUUGUACUUAUCCCGGAAAAUGGGAACUCGAGAUGACGAAUACGACUACUUGUUUAAAGUGGUUCUGAUCGGGGAUUCUGGUGUGGGGAAGAGUAACCUGCUGUCCCGUUUCACGCGUAACGAGUUCAACCUGGAGAGCAAGAGCACCAUAGGGGUGGAGUUUGCCACUCGCAGCAUCCAGGUGGAUGGAAAGACGAUAAAAGCUCAGAUAUGGGACACAGCUGGACAGGAGCGCUACAGAGCAAUCACCUCAGCAUAUUACCGGGGUGCAGUGGGGGCCCUGCUAGUCUAUGACAUUGCUAAACACCUGACGUACGAGAACGUGGAGCGCUGGCUGAAGGAGCUGAGGGACCAUGCUGACAGCAACAUUGUCAUCAUGCUGGUGGGAAACAAGAGCGACCUGCGCCACCUCAGGGCCGUGCCCACGGACGAGGCCCGCGCCUUCGCAGAAAAGAAUACUCUUUCAUUCAUUGAAACUUCAGCUUUGGACUCCACCAAUGUAGAGGAGGCAUUCAAGAACAUCCUAACAGAAAUCUACCGUAUCGUAUCUCAGAGGCAGAUAGCAGACAGGUCUGCGCAUGACGACUCCCCAGGAAACAACGUUGUGGACAUAAGCGUCCCCCCGACCAUGGACGGGCAGAGGGGUAACAAGCUCCCAUGCUGCCAAAGCCCGUGACUCUUUUAUUCUCCUUUCCUGUCCGGUUUAGUUCAGCUGUCCUCUUUGUUUUAGACGUUUCCGAGCCUUCACUUUGACAUUCCUUGUUGCGGCUUUCCUUUAAGUUGGUCGUCUGCUGAACCCAGCGGACGCCUGACGGCCUCAGGAUAGGAGAGGAAAGCUGAUAGGAGGUUAGAGCUGUAGUAAACUACAAUCCCUUUUAAUUCACUUGAUGCUGAUCCUGUUGACCCACGCUGUUUGAGCCAGUGGUGAGGGAUCUGUGGGGCUACUCAUGAAUGCUCCAAGCUGGAUCUUUUUCUUCUCAGUUCCUCGUGGCAGCAGCAACAUUUACCUCCAUGUGUGGCUGCUCUGAUUCUUUCUGCUUGGAGGGGCUGAGAAGAAGGGGCGUUUAGAGUCAUUAUAGGCUGUCUGGGGUUUUUUUUUGCUGUUGUUACUGUGAGCACUUUUCCCGUUUUAGCAUGAAAUUAGCCGGAGCCAGGGAUUGGAGUUGGUUUCAGCUGACUGAAUUCACACGGGCAAGUGUAAAACAAAAGGCAACAUAUCAUUUUUGUGUAUGUGUGAUAAUCAUAGUGAACAAAGAUACCAAAGGAACCAGAUUUGUGGCUGUUUGUAAGAAAAAAAAAGAUUGUGGUGUCUGAUUCAUUUGUGUGAGGUCAGAUUAUCAGCCUGUUUGCUUUUAGUUCUCUCAUUAGAGUUGGCACAUAAAGACACUUCAAUUGUAAAAUGAAGAAAAACUAAAAUAUUGCACUAAUAUCCAGUCAUUUCAAUGGAACAAAUUCCCCUUUAAGCAUCUUAAAGAAGCAACUCCUCCUCUUGGUUGUAAUGUGAAAGCUCUUAAGACUGAGAAAAGUCCAGUUUUUGUCACAAACAUUUCUUCUUUUUUAAUGUUCUCAUCCCCUGAUGUUAAAGUAGGGACUGAUAAUUGUGCAUUUAAAUAAAAAAAAUCAAACUCUUUCACUCUUAACAGUUUGGAAGUUGUACGCUGAAAAAAGGAAGUUGGUCACUGAUGCAAAUUUGGUGAAGUUCAUCUCUCUGGUAACAAUGCUUUAAUGUUUGAGUGAUUCCAUGUUUCAUGCAAUAGUUCACUUUUCUUCAAAUGUAUUUAAAAUAGAAAACAUUUACUGUAAAUUUGCAUCACUUGCUAAAUGCUCAAAUAAAUGUUACACUUAUGA